ACAACAGUAGGGUUCAGCCACAGACGCUUCACGCUACCUCCAAUCAGAGCGUCUCCCCUCAUCGCACGCCUCGGAUUGGCUAACAGAUGGCCUUAGCUCGCCCCUCUCGCCAAUUGGGAGGCAGCGCUGCAUGACAGACGUUCGGCUCAGCCAAUACUGUCGGUACGGGGGACUCAGCCUUUCUCUCUUGCAAAAUGGCGGCCACUGCUCCCGGUGCGGCUCCUCCCGCGGCUGCCCCGCCGCAGAGCCCGACGGCGGCUCCCACCGCCCCGGCGGGGAGCGCUCCUCCCGCGGCCGCGCCGACCCCGCCCGCCGCGCCGGCCCCGCCACCGACCGCGCCACUGUCGGCCGCGCUCUCGGGCCCCUUCCCCGGCGGCCGCGUGGUGCGGCUGCACCCGGUUGUGCUCGCCUCCAUCGUGGACAGCUUCGAGCGGCGCAACGAGGGCGCGGCGCGGGUCAUCGGGACGCUGCUGGGGACCGUGGACAAGCACUCGGUGGAAGUCACCAACUGCUUCUCCGUCCCGCACAACGAGUCCGAGGAUGAGGUGGCUGUGGAUAUGGAAUUUGCCAAAAACAUGUAUGAGUUGCACAAGAAGGUGUCUCCUAGCGAGAUCAUCUUGGGCUGGUAUGCAACAGGUCAUGACAUCACGGAACACUCAGUCCUGAUCCACGAGUAUUACAGCCGGGAAGCACACAAUCCAAUCCACCUCACUGUGGACACGAGUCUCCAGAAUUCACGCAUGAGCAUUAAAGCCUAUGUCAGUGCCCCCAUGGGAGUCCCUGGUAAAACUAUGGGCGUGAUGUUUACACCCCUAACAGUGAAAUAUGUUUAUUAUGAUACAGAGCGGAUAGGAGUGGAUCUUAUCAUGAAGACCUGCUUUAGCCCCAACCGAGUGAUUGGCUUGUCCAGUGACUUACAGCAGGUGGGCUCAGCCUCGGCCAGGAUCCAGGAUACCCUGACCAUGGUGCUGCAGUACGCCGAGGACGUGUUGUCUGGCAAAGUGGCUGCUGACAACACUGUGGGGCGCUUCCUGAUGGAUCUUAUUAACCAAGUGCCAAAGAUUCCACCAGAGGACUUUGAGACCAUGUUGAACAGCAAUAUCAAUGAUCUACUGAUGGUAACCUACUUGGCAAAUCUCACACAGUCACAGAUUGCUCUCAAUGAAAAACUUCUGAGUUUAUAAAGAAACUUUUGCCACCCUACACUUUAAGGAGCCCGUAGAAUGAGCAGAUGCACUUCUCUGAGGUGUUAGAAAUUUCCUUGGACUGUAAUUUAAUUACCUACAUGACUUGGUUUACAUCAUUAUUUCCAUUGCUCUGAAAAAUCCCUAACAUGCUUUAGGAAAUGAGUGGGAACAGCUGCAGUUCAGUUGAGCGUGGUAUUUUAAAAUGGAAUAUGAGAAUCUUUUGUCUCCUGGGUUUGUCUACUUGUAUAACAAAAUACAGCUUUAUUGUAAGAAUGUAUUUGGAAUAAAAGUUCCACUGCAGUGGCAACAAUGGCUUCUGUCCAGAAAAAACCUUUCUCAUUUAUUGUGUAAUGAAUCCAUUUUUGAAAGAGGGUGGAGGGGUAAGAUGGCAUCAGGAAAGAAAGAGUGGAUGUGAGUGAACUCCAGUUUUUUGCAGGUUUUUUUUUUUUUUCCCCAGCUGUUAGAGCACACUAAAAGUGUGGGGAUUUGUGUUGCAUAUAAUCUGCUUUACCAUGAAGGACUGCAGAAUGGUCUCUGGUAAUAACUAAUAGUGGUGCUCUGUAUAUCCCUUCAGCAGGGUACUGACAGACUACAAGACAGUAAAUUCAGUUUAUGGUAUCACUUCUAUGCAUGUAAUUAUUUUCUGAUUGCUUGGGAAAGGAAGUCAAGGUCAAUAGCAUUAGCUCCUCAUAAAGGGGGAAUUAAAGCCAGCAAGUGAAUUCAUAGUAAAAGAGUUUGAAAAGCAUUUUUGGCUAAAUAAGCUUGGUUAGUGGAGUUUCCAUCUUUGCCAAAGAAGAAAAGGACAGCAAAAUGACAAUCCAUGAAAUCUGAGGUUAAAAGUUGGUUGUUGCCAAAUAGGAAUUUUCUAUUUCAUAAUGCUGUCCUGCUGAUAAAAUUAUGUGAGGAGAAAGCCCAUUUUCUCCCCAAGACAUGUUUCAUGUUAACUGAGUUGCAGCUGGAAGAAAGCCAAUACAGAUAUCAGCUGUAACUUUGCACAGUCUCUGCCAAUAACAUUAGAAUGUCUUACAGUUCAGCUUAGCUUUAACUGUUAAAGCAUCCCUCUUCUACAACAAAACGGUUCCCACCUUACUAAUGACUGUAUCUAGUCUGGUGAAUGAAUUUGAAAUUGGAGUAUGCAAAGAGUGUUCUCCCAAAUAAUUCUGGUAAUUUGCAGCUAAAUCAAAGAAUAAGACUCAGAUUACAAAUCUAGAGAUCCUAUAUUGGUUGUUCCAGUCUAGAGCUCUCACAGUGACUCAAUGCUAAAUUCUGAGUUCUAAUUGCAAGGUCAAUGUGAGUGAAAACUGAAGGUCCAGUAAAGAUCCUCAUCUCAUUGAAAAUGUUAUUUGUGAACAUUAAAUAAGUAUUGGAACUCAAUUAUGGUUUUUUAUUAGUACGAAUAAAAAUGUUUUGCUUUC